AUGUAUGAUCAUCGUCCCGACAUUGACGCCAUCCAGACUUCUCUGCGAAUUCUCAAUGUAGCCAAAUCGGUCUAUCCGGCAAUCACCCUCGCUCUGUUUGUUCUCACUUUUGUCGUCUACGGCAUCAGGACCGCGCCAGACGAUGGAGGAAAGGUUCAAAUCCAUGCCAUGCUCGGCCCCGGCGGCAGACCUUUACCAACCCGCCGGAAAUCCGCCAAUCAAAUCAAAGCCGCUGCCGCCGUCAAGGAUUUCCCCCCGGGCACCAAAACAUUUCUCAGGCUCUUUCAAGCUGCUGUUGUUCUCACCUUCCUGAUCAAUGCGGCCAUUGCCAUUUUCCAAAUCUUGUUGAAUAGGAAGGAUGACUGGUGGCCGGGUCAAAGCGCUGUGAUCUUCAUUGUCGCUUCGAGCUUUGUAUGGUCCGUCGUACUGAUAUCCAUGAUCGAUCAAAAACCAUCACCCACUCCCGCUCAUUUCGUGACCUGGCUGGUCGCUCUUCCUCUCGAGGUCCUCAUCGUCGUCACAAGCCUUGACAUCUAUACCGUGCCCCACCAUGAGCCACGCGUUGGUGAUCAACAAGGCGGGCGACUAGUCAACGCAAUCACUGGCUGGGAGACUGUCGAAGUCAUUGUAGAUUUGAUUCGCAUCAUUCUACUCUUGGGUCUUGCCAUCAUCUUCAUUACCGUCAAGAUCAAUCUUCGACGAACAAAGGACUCCGACAGUGCCGACGAUGAGACAACCCCACUGCUCAAUGGAAAUGCCGACACCAGACCGACAUCGAACGGUCAUGCUGCGGCCGGCGCUCCGCCCGCGCCAACAUCAGAUUCUAAGGAACACGUGGAUGCCUGGGCGAAACCAACCGAAGCUCCCAACAUCAACUGGUAUGCCUACAUUCGGGGCUUUGUACUACUGAUCCCCUACCUUUGGCCUAAGAAAUCCGUCAAGCUACAAUUAUUGGCAGGCACCUGUUUCCUCAUCAUGAUUUCUCAAAGAGUUAUCAAUGUCUUCGUCCCUGUAAUGGUCGGGAACAUCACCGACGCCUUGUCGGGUGAUGAUGGCAGAGGCGUCAGAGCUCCUUGGCUCGAAAUUUCUUUGUAUAUUCUCUUCAGAUGGCUCCAGGGUUCUCAGGGCAUUCUGACCGCGUUGAGGUCCAUUUUGUGGAUCCCGGUCGAACAGUAUUCAUACCGGGCAAUCUCAACCGCGGCUUUUGAGCAUGUCCAUGGCCUCAGCGCAGAAUUCCACACUGGAAAGCGUACGGGCGAAUUAAUUUCCGCUCUCAACAAGGGAAGCUCCAUCAAUUCCUUCCUUGAAAUGGUCACGUUCCAGGUGGGCCCCAUGAUCUUCGACCUGGUCAUUGCCAUCGUCGUUCUGACUGUCAAGUUCGACGUGUACUUGGGCCUCGUUGUCUCCAUCACCACUUUUCUUUAUAUAUACGUUACGAUCCGCCUGGCGUCAUGGCGAGUCACUCUAAGACGGAAUUUCGUUGCCGCUGAUCGAGAAAUGGAAGCGGUCAAGAACGAUUCGCUGCAUUCCUGGGAUACCGUCAAAUAUUUCAACGCUGAAGAGUACGAAUUUGGUCGCUACAAAAGCGCCAUCAGGACGAUGCAAAAGUUCGAGUACUGGGUCGAUGUUACAUUAUCCUACAUGAACACCGUCCAGGGUGCCCUCUUUAUGGUUGCAUUGCUAGUGGCAUGCUUCAUCGAGGCUUUUGAGGUUGCACAAGGCGAUCAAUCCGUAGGCAAGUUUGUUCUGCUAAUCACAUACAUGGCACAACUCCAAGGUCCUCUCAAUUAUUUUGGCACCUUCUACCGUGCCAUUCAGAACAAUCUUAUCAACGCUGAACGGAUGUUGGAACUGUUCAAAGAACAGCCUCAUGUGGUCGAUCGUGAAGACGCAGAGAUCAUGGACGACUGUGAUGGUGACAUUGUCUUCGACAACGUGUCCUUCAGCUAUGAUAAGCGAAGACCAGCUUUGAAUCGACUUAGCUUUCGAUGCCCGCCAGGCUCAACGACAGCGCUGGUCGGUGAAUCCGGGGGCGGGAAGAGCACCGUGAUGAGACUUAUUUUCCGCUACUACAAUCCCGAGUCGGGUCAGAUCAGGGUUGACGGCAAGGACGUCCAGAAUAUUACUAUCGAUUCCCUCCGAAAGUUUAUCGGAGUAGUCCCCCAAGACUGCAACAUGUUCAAUGAAUCGAUCAUGUACAAUCUUCGCUACGCAAAUCAAAACGCCACAGAUGAAGACAUCUUUAAUGCGUGUAGGGCAGCUUCAAUCCAUGACCGCAUCAUGGAGUUUUCUGAUGGAUACGACACCAAAGUCGGUGAGAGGGGUGUGCGACUGUCCGGAGGAGAGCGCCAGCGCGUUGCGAUUGCAAGGACCAUUCUCAAGAACCCGAGAAUCACCAUGCUUGAUGAAGCAACGGCUGCUUUAGAUACGGAAACCGAGGAGAAGAUCCAAAAGUCCUUCCAAACCCUCGCUGAAGGACGUACCAUGGUUAUUAUCGCCCAUCGCCUAAGUACCAUCGUCGGAGCCGAUCAAAUCCUUGUGCUGAACCAUGGCACUGUCGUGGAAAGCGGCACCCAUGACGAAUUGAUUGCUCUUGGACAAAAAUAUGCCAGCAUGUGGCGGAAGCAAUCACGAGCACAGAAGGCUGCCGCAGAGGCUGCAGAAUUGAGAACUCGGGCUAAAAGGGCUCUAGAGGAGGCUGAGGCUGAUAGUGCCAGCGUUAGCGAAGAAGAAAUCGAACAGGCAAAGCGGCUCGAACAGACUAAGCGGCAAGAACAGGGUCAUGCCAAGACUCACAAACGGGUGAACUUUUCUCAAAGCAGUAAUUUGAGGAAUUGGUUGGUGGAUGAACAUGACCAUGAUCACGACAUGGACUCGAGGUCAGAUACCUCUCAAGCUGGUGGUCGCGGUGCUCAUGGUUAUCCUAGCAAGCCUCCAGGCCACCCAUGA